AUGGACUUAGAAGACUCCUUUUCCCCGCUCAAGGUGAGUCUCCCCCCCAAAAAAAACCCCCCACACCUUUAUUUCACACACCCGCCUUCUUACCGUCUUCCCAGCCCCACGUAACUCAAUAUCGACUGAGGGGUUUUCAUUCAGGACAGCGCCAUUGAAAUUAAACGGGCCUUAAUUAGUGGCGGCCUUUAACCUCUGCCCUCGAGCGUUGGACCCUUCUAAUUCAUUCUUAAUCCCAGCCAUCUUACUACUUCUCUAUCUUAAAAAAAAAAACCCACCGUCUGCAUAGAUGCCUCCAAUUCCCUUGUUUCCUGUUUUUUUAAAAAAAUUGUUUAUUUUAGCUUAAUAUGUGUUACAACAAUCCCAUCAUGACCCGCGGUUCCUUCUUAUCUCUCAAAAAAAAAACCCCUCAAAAAAAAUACGUACUGGUUUGGAGGUCUAUUCUACAGAGACAUUAAGAUGGGGACAGGCUUCUCAUGGGAGGGGGUGCAGAACCUCAAUUCAUUGAGGUUCAUGGAGCUUUUCAAUAAUUUUUGUGGAUCUAGGAGGGCAAAUCCCUACCCAAAUUCACAACAACGUUUGAUUGUGGUUGUUUUUGUAGCUUCAGUAUAUUGCUGAUGCUGGACGUAAUAGGUUUUCUUUCUAGACAGAAAAUAUAAACUCGUUUGAAUGUGGGGAUUAGCAUCCCAAAACGUAAGACUGUUAAUGGCUCUGCUGGAUUACAUCAGAGAUCCAUCUAUUCUAGCUUCAUCUUUUUAAGAGUGGCCAGCCAAAUGUCACAGGCGUGACAUGGCGACAACUUCUUUGUCUAAACAGUCUGACGUUCAGAGAUAGAUGACUUGAAUCUCAGGCUUUUGUCUGUAAAAGGCGAGCACAAUCUUUUAUCCCCUUUCUCAUCUCAGUUUCAGGUGUAUGGGAUGUUAGGAGAGGGCUUGCACCUUUGGUGGGCUGGCUAAACUAGGUGAGGGGGACUUCCCCUGCAUGUAGACAGGCUCAGGAGGAAGGUGGUUUCUGCAUGUGCUGUAGAAGGAAGUGAGGGGUAGAUGGGGCUUCUCAGCGUGGGAAUGAAGCCCCUCUAGGAGACGGAAAACUGAUCCUAAACCUCUGCUGCCUUGCGGGAUAUUUUGGGGAGACAAAAAGGCUAAGGAGUAAACCCUGCACAAGUCCCCAAGGAAUCUGGAUGGUGCCUUGUCUGCCUCCUUCCAGCAACUCCUGCAGCCAAACAGGUGUUUUCCUUUGGACCACAUCAGCAAGACCAAGAGGAGUCUAGUCAUAUUUUUAUGUGGAAAUUGUUCAGUUUGGUUAUGUAGUUUUUAAUGUGUUUUAUUUAUUUUUAUGACUACUUUGCUUUAUUUGAAAUUAUGUAAAUCUUUUCAUAUCGUAAGCUGCCUCGAGCAUUGUUUUAACUGUGGAAAGGCAGCAUACAAAUAAAAUGGUGAUGGUGAUCUGGGCAGCCCAGGACCUCCAUAAACACUGACCAGAUUUGCUCCCUACGGAGGUCACUUCAGUGCUUCUAACUCAGCAGCUUGACUUCACCCCCCAAAUGUGCAGUCCAUUGUCUCUUCAGACAGAUGCCUACAGUAUCUGAUGUAUUCCUUCUUUCAAAACUAGCUUGGUGGUAAAUUCAUGUCUUGUGUGUUUUUAUUUCCAUCCUAGCGUUGUUGUUACAGAAACCCACAAAGUUAGCUCAUUUAUGCAGUGACUUACGAUGUUUUCAUUUUGCUUCCAUUCAGCCAGUAGAUGCAAACCCUAAAGUGGGUAAGAUCACGGAUGGAGAUUCAAAAAAGAGGCUAUCUGUUGAAAGAAUAUACCAGAAGAAAAGCCAGCUGGAGCAUAUAUUGCUUCGGCCUGAUACCUACAUUGGCUCUGUGGAACAAGUGACUCAGGUAAAAAGCUUUUUGUUUGGGGAGUUAAGGUAGGGAUUGAAUGAGAGGAAGCUUUUCUGAUUCCUUUGUUUUGCUAAUUGCAAAUAAAGUUCUAGUAUCACAAAGCAGAGCUUAGACUGUUCUAAUUUGGGAAGUUGAGAGGGUGAUUUUUCCACAACUGUAUUCCAAGGUCAUGGCAUCUUAGGACACUUCCAGUCAGGCCACAUGGCUUAUGGGAAUCACUGGACAAUGCUGACCUUGUGCUCACUGAAUGAGCAGAGUAAAAGUGUCUGCUUUUUACUGAAUAUCUUCUUAUUUUUAAUUAACUUUUCAGCAAAUGUGGGUGUUUGAUGAAGAUGUUGGACUGAACUGCAGGGAUGUUACCUUCGUACCUGGCCUUUAUAAAAUAUUUGACGAAAUCCUAGGUAUGGUGAGAGCAACAUCUUUUAGUCCCAGUGGAUUGAAUUACAGAGGAAUUGCAAUUGAUGUUAAAUUGACUUGGGGAAUUUUCUGGCUUAUCCACAAGCUCAGUACUUCAGCAAGUUGCUACCAUAGCCAUAAAAUGGGAAUUGCAGUACUGUAGUGAAUGGCACAACGAUAAAUGCAGUUAACUGUGAUUACUGGGACUGGUUCUUAAUGCCAAGCUAAGAAAUAUCAUUAAGUACUUCAUUUUUUACUAAUAAGCUUUGUUUGUGUUUUCAUUUUUUUUCCAGUCAAUGCUGCUGAUAACAAGCAGAGAGAUAAGAACAUGUCAUGUAUCAAAGUUAUGAUUGACCCGUAAGUCCUAUUCAAAACCUUUGUAGUAAACUAUUUUAAGAAUUGCAGGCUUAGAUUGCCCCCUGUUGUCUGUUGCUCAUUUUUGCAGAAUUUGUAUAUAAAUAUGACUUUCAUGUCAGUUAUUUAUGAUGGGCUUAGUUUUGAAUUCUGUAUUUGUAAACAAACCCAAUGGUGGGUUUGCAGCUGAAAAUCAUAAGGUGAAUAAGAAUCUUGUCUUUAGAGAUGAGAAAUUUCUGGAGCAGUGGACAGGCGGUCAUUGCUUACUAACGCUUGUGUAGAAUAGGGAGCUAAUUCCAUUAACGGAGGUUUUUUGUGUUCCUGAUUCAUAAAGAGUUUGGUUUCUUUUUCUAGAGAGAAUAACACAAUCUCUGUGUGGAACAACGGAAAAGGGAUUCCUGUUGUAGAGCACAAAGUAGAGAAAGUCUAUGUGCCGGCUCUUAUUUUUGGACAGCUUUUGACCUCCAGCAAUUACGAUGAUGAUGAGAAGAAAGUCACAGGUAGAGGAAAACCUUAAUAGAAAAUAUUAACCAGCUGGGAAAUUAUGUCUUAAGGGACUAGCCCUUUUGAAAAACAUGUCUCUUCACUACAGCUUUGUCUCUUUCAUUAUGUGCAGAAGAGUGGUUGAAGGGUAAAGAAGAGUUGAUUUAAUAUGCAUUAUUUAAAAAUAUGUAACCCAUGUUUUAUAGUUCCCCUGUUUCCUGAAAUCAGUAUACUGGACAAGUUAUGCUAACUUCCUACUGUUGAGCUAAAGGCAAGAGUUGAGGUAUAGAUGAGGGAACUGAAGUUUCAAAGUGCCUCAUGGUACCAACCCUUAGCGGCAUAGAACAAUACUGAUAUUACAGGGAAGGAUAUAGAAAUGGGCCACAUAUGUGGGCUUUCUUGUUGGAAGAUGGGAACACUCCAUUUAAGGUUUGAAUGCUGAGUUUUAAUCCCACUUGAAACAACAAGCAAAUCUUCAAGAUUGCAGCCUUGUGUAUACCUGCUUGGGAGUAAGCGUCUAGUGCCCUCAUUGGGACUUAUUUCUGAGUAAACAUGCCUAGCAUUGGGCUGUAUACCUCCUAAACUCUGCAAAGCUUCAUGGUGUGUAAGUAACUUGAUUUGUUUUAUACAUUGUUUUAGGUGGCCGAAAUGGUUAUGGAGCAAAACUCUGCAACAUCUUCAGUACCAAAUUUACUGUGGAAACUGCAUGCAGAGAAUAUAAGAAGCACUUUAAGCAGGUACAUGGAACCUUGUAAUGAUAGGUAUUGUGCGCUUUUAAGAUCCUGGGCCCAAAUGUUAUUUGGGUACAUACAUGGACACAUGCGCAAGUGUACAUUGAACCAACUUCUAAAUUUACUCCACAUACAGUGGUACCUUGGGUUACAUACACUUCAGGUUACAGACUCCUCUAACCCAGAAAUAGUACCUCGGGUUAAGAACUUUGCUUCAGGAUGAGAACAGAAAUCGGGCUCCGGCGGUGCAGCAGCAGGAGGCCCCAUUAGCUAAAGUGGUGCUUCAGGUUAAGAACGGACCUCCGGAACGAAUUAAGUCCUUAACCCGAGGUACCACUGUAUUGUAAAGGUUCAGGCAUCAGCUGGUCAGCAUUUUUAACUGUUGUGCUUGUACAUCUUCAGUACCUAUCUGAAAAUUGCAAAAGUGACUAAGCUAAAAGUAGAGCCCACAAAAAAAUAUAUGCUGUUCUUUGAUUAGGAACUAUCAGCUGUAGCUAAAGAAAUUCAUCUAGUUGUUUCUGUACAUAAAAUUGUAAACUGUUUUCUUCCCCAGACUUGGACUAAUAAUAUGUCUACGGCUGGAGAGAUGAAAUUGAAGCACUUUAAUGGUGAGGACUUCACAUGCAUCACCUUCCAGCCCGAUCUGUCAAAAUUUAAAAUGACCACACUGGACAAAGAUAUUGUGGCUCUAAUGUCUCGGAGAGCUUAUGAUAUUGCAGGAUCAAGUAAAGGUGUCAAAGUUUUCUUGAAUGGAAAGAAUCUACUCGUGAGUGAAUAACUUUCACUGUUUUUCUUCCCCUUUUUGGCAAUGAGGUGUUGGAUUGGGAUUUGGGGAAACCAGUCUUAAAAUGUUUUGGAGUUAAUUGGAUGGCUAUACCCAUCUUUACCUAACACGUUAACAAAUGAGGUAAAAGCUUUCUGCAAACAUUGCAACAUACCUAUCUCAUUUACAGAUCAACGGAUUCCGCAGUUAUGUAGAUCUGUAUAUAAAGGACAAGGUGGAUGAAACUGGCAAUCUACUGAAAGUAGUCUAUGAAGAAGUGAAUGAUAGGUGGGAGGUCUGUGUAACAAUGAGUGAAAAGGGCUUCCAGCAAGUCAGCUUCGUCAAUAGCAUUGCUACAACAAAGGUAACCAGCUACAGCUCUGUACAGUAGUCUGAAUAUGUUUAAUCUGUCUUGUUUAUGGCGAAACAGUUACAGUAUUGCUAAAUUAUAGGAAAACAAAUCAUCCGUUUAAGGGGGGAGAGAAUCUAAUAUGGUGGCUAUUGGAUUUGGAAAUGAGACCUUAAACCUAACAAGUCUCCUUGAUUUAUUAUAGAAGCAUUGUAAAUGUUUUUACUGUAUUACAUAAUACAGUAAAUACAUAAUAUUAUUGGGGCCAUCAGCUUACAGGCCAGAUCCAUUCUUGAAGCUAGUUUGGAGCUUUUAUUCCUCAGCCAAUCUACCUCUAUCUAAUUAAAUACUAGAUAUAGCAGGGGUGGAGAACCUGUGGACCAGAUCCUGAGCUUCCCCCUUAGGCCAUUUUGACAAGUUAACGAGGCUGUCCGCUUGUCAGUCACGUGACUGUUGCAUGGCCAUGAAGUCAGAUGAGUGACCUUCAAAGGAAAGGAUUUGGAGUAUGUUCCAAUCAUUUCCUUUUUUUGCAGUUCAGCUUGAACUCAAGUCAGGCUGAUCAACAGGAAUUGGCUCCAUCCAGGAGCUCUAAUUUCAAAGGUGCUGAAUACAAAUCCUGCUUGCCAAGGCACACACUCUAAGACUCCCAAACUCAUGAUAUGUUGUGGUAGGCUCUCCUUGAAACUUUUAUUAAUUCUUGGAUUUUCUUUUCGUUCUAGGGUGGUAGACACGUAGACUAUGUUGCUGACCAGCUUAUCACCAAACUCAUUGAUAUGGUAAAGAAAAAGAACAAACUUGGAGUGUCAGUGAAGCCUUUCCAGGUAUAAAUCUCAGAUUUCCCUGUUUAAGUUUAGGCUUCUUAGACCUCAUUUCGAAAGUUUGCCUCUUUGCUGUCUUACAGCACCCUACAAUUCUAGUUGCAGAUUAGACAAUAGUUUUAACAGAAAAAUUCCUUAAAUAAAAGCAUGACUAGAUGCUAAGGUAAAUGGGCCUCUUGUACCUUUAAUUGUUAUAUAGAAAAUGGAAUAUUGUUAUAUAAAACUUGUCUGAUACAGCUUUUGUUACCUGUGCCUGAGAAGCUCAACUUGGUAAAAAUGCUGCUUCCUACAUGCUAGUUAUUUCUGUCAUGUUCUCCCAUCUUGUUUGAAGGCAUCUUGCUUCACACACCCCUCCCCACCAUCACUUUUUAAAUAAACUUGAUUAUCCUUCUUUUGGAAAACAAUUUCCAUAACCUGGGAAUAGAUUCUACUAAAUGCCAAGUUAAAUCUCAGAUUUCCCUGUUUAAGUUGGCUUAAUUAACAACAUGGGUACAUAUCACAUUUGCAGCUGGGGAAGUUUGAGAGAUGAGGUUGUCCAAUAAACUAAACUUUAGUAGUUUAUAACACCUCCCUUUAAUUCUAGGUGAAGAAUCACAUGUGGGUCUUUGUAAACUGCUUGAUUGAAAAUCCAACUUUUGACUCCCAAACAAAGGAGAACAUGACCCUUCAAGCAAAGAGUUUUGGCUCAACAUGCAAGUUGAGCGAAAAGUUUAUCAAGGGGGUAAGUGCUGUAGGGUGCAUUGUGUUGUCAUGUUUAAUUGUUUUGGAGUUGUCUUGAGCUGGAAUUGGGUGCAAAACAAACUGAGAAGCAAAAAAGACUUCAGCCUUAUGUUCUGUAUCAUAUUUGCUUCUACAGACAGCUUUUUCUUUCUUUCUAGGUAAGCAGUUGUGGCAUAGUGGAUAACAUUUUGAACUGGGUCAGAUUUAAAGCCCAGGCUCAGCUGAACAAGAAAUGUUCUUCUGUAAAAUACAGCAGAAUUAAAGGGAUACCUAAACUAGAUGAUGCCAAUGAUGCUGGUAUGUAUCGCAGUAUGGUUACAAACAUAAAAGCCUUUUGAUACUUUUUAGAAGUUAAAUACCCUUCUGUACAGGAACCCAGAUUCCUGACCAGUGGUAGCAACUGGCCUGAUUGAUGAUUAAGGACUUAGAGAGAGAAAGGACUAACAGUUUUGCUUACACAUAAGCUGCAGUUUGGAAAAGAGCUAAAUCCUUUCUUCUGUGCAUAUAGAGCUUUCUUUCAUCAUGGGUAAAGCUGCUGUCUGUUGUCUUGCCCAAUACUCUAUGCUUUUGCUAAUUGUGCCUGACUGAAACAUGAGACAGAUCUACUCUUGCAAUCAGAAACUUGACAGCCAGUCCUGAUUAAACAUGAUGAGCAUGUAGGUAAAUGGAGUUGUCUGGAUUAAGGUGCUCAAUUCUCAUUCCAGGGAGCAAGAAUUCUACCAGCUGUACCCUUAUUCUGACAGAAGGUGAUUCAGCUAAAACUCUAGCUGUUUCUGGUCUUGGAGUUGUGGGCAGGGACAAAUUUGGAGUGUUUCCUCUGCGUGGAAAGCUGCUGAAUGUUCGGGAAGCCUCCCACAAACAGGUGAGUUGGCAGUACUUUGCAAACUCCAUCAUGGAUCUUACUUGGCCUUGAUUUGCUUUAGGUAUUGUAUAUAAAAGUUGUCAACUGUUUUCUAAAUUGUAACAGGAAAGAGAUUGCGUUUCCAAACCUUGUCACAAUGGAAGCUGUUGACAAGGACGACAACUGCUGCUCAGUGGAUACUCAAUGGGCUGUGAGGUGCAAAAUCUGCUUGGUUAAAGUGCUUUUAAGAUGUGUUAAGCACUUUGAGGCCAGGUAUCUCCAACCAUUUCAGACUCAGGACCCACUUUUAAACUAAACAUACAUUUGGGGGCCCAUUUUUUAAAUAUUUUACUAUAUAUUUGCCUGGUAGUGGUGCUCCUAUUACAACCCACUAGUGGAUCCCAACUUGCCCGUUGUAGAUCAGUCUUCUAGACAAAAAGGGGUUGAGCCAAGUUUUAAAGCAAGAUAUCAAUAUCUGUCUAAAUAGGCAGGAUCCAUAAUGAAUCUUAGGGACGUGGGUGGCGCUGUGGUCUAAACCACUGAGCCUCUUGGGCUUGCCGAUCGGAAGGUCGGCGGUUCGAAUCCCCGCAACGGGGUGAGCUCCUGUUGCUCGGUCCCAGCUCCUGCCAACAUAGCAGUUUGAAAGCACACCAAAAAGUGAAAGUAGAUAAAUAGGUACCACUCUGGCAGGAAGGUAAACAGUGUUUCUGCGCUGCUCUGGCUUCGGUGUUCCGUUUCACCACAAGCAGCUUAGUCAUGCUGGCCACACGACCUGAAAUAACGCUGAAUCUUAAAGAGAAAAACUGAUCAUUUUCAGAUAAUGGAGAAUGCUGAAAUCAACAACAUUAUCAAGAUAGUUGGCCUGCAAUAUAAGAAGACCUAUGAUGAUGAAGAAUCACUAAAGAGUCUGCGUUAUGGGAGAAUAAUGAUAAUGACAGAUCAGGUCAGUCUUUUUCUCAUGGGCAAGCGUAUCUCCUGCCAACAGUAACAGUACCGUGAAACAAAUAUUUUGUUUGCAUGCUUGGCUGAUAAAAUAGUUAAACUAUGACGGUUGGGGGUAUAUGAGGUGUUAGUGGAGGGGUAGUACCACUGGUGGGGGACAUGUCGUGCUCCUCCUGGGGUAGUUUUGUCCACCUUUGGUCCCUACCCUGCACUCAGCUUCUAAGAACCACAGGUGAAAGCUAUCAGCAUGGAACAGUACUUAUCUUUAGUUACCACACCUCUGUAUUGCUUUGUAACUCAAAAUUUCUGAAUAAAACAAAUUUUAAUUGUUAAUUUUAUUAUGAAAAUUAAAAAAUGAAGCAACAAUAAAUGGACACUUCUAGUUACAUCCCAAAUGUCUGAUGGAGCACCUUUAAAAGAAACCUGAAGAAAGACUGGAGGUGGGCCCUUUAAGGGAGUGUUUUAAACACCUAUCAAUGGAGUUGUUCCAUCAUGUAGCCCACCUUUUGCUACAUUGGACCUGCUCUCCUUUAUUUAAUCCUUUCCAUGUACAGAUCCAACUGAAUAUGUAAGAAGGUCCCUUGACUAAACCAUAGUAAGUUAGAACUAGUCUAGGGCCAAGUGUUUGAUCAUACUGGUAUCAUAAUGAGUUGUUGGCUAGCAUUGGUCACUGAAAGAUGGGUGCUGCAUGCUCUUGAGUUCUACUUUCACAUUGCCAGUGGCUAAAAUUUGUCUUCUGAAACACUUUAGGAUCAAGAUGGUUCUCACAUCAAAGGCUUGCUUAUUAACUUCAUACACCAUAAUUGGCCAUCUCUUUUGAGACACCGUUUCCUGGAAGAGUUCAUUACUCCCAUUGUAAAGGUAAGCUUGCUCUCCCUCCACCCCCUUCCUGAGUGACCACUUGAGCCAGUUGAGAACAUUUCCCCUAAAUUCCACUGUUUAGAAUCUUAGGUCUUAAAAUGCUUUCCCGUUGUUACUUUUUACUUCAAACUAGGUUUCCAAAAACAAAGAGGAGAUUUCUUUCUAUAGCAUUCCUGAAUAUGAAGAAUGGAAAGCCAGCACUCCUAACCACAAAAACUGGAAGAUCAAGUACUACAAAGGUUUGGUUAAAACUAUUUUUAACACAGCUAACUUGAAUCAUAUGAGAACUGUUGGGUGUCUGCUAGAUAGUUAAGACUAGUAAACAGCCUCCGAGGAAACAUUAAAUAUUCCAUGUAAACUCUGGCAGAAAAAGCAAUUGAAGGGCUUUAUCUAUAACCACAUUUCCAGUUUCUAUGUAGAAAAGACAGAGAAUGUGAAAGGGAUAUCUUGGAGCACUUAACUUACCCUAAGCAACCCCAAGGUCAGCUGAAAGUACUCUUGGCAAUACCUUUGCUAUACAGGCAGUGACCAUUUUGCGAGGGGGUUCCCCCACAUGUCAGCCAAGCACACCUAAGCCUGCCCCAUUUCGCCAUUUUGUCCAAAAGGACCCGCACAUUGCUGGUCAUGCAACAAUUGGAUUCAUCCAAAAUAGUCUCCGCCUGUAGUAACAUAAACAGUUGGUGUUCUGUUUGGAACUCCCUUAUCCUGGGGGUGCGGGGCCUACCAGAAACCUAAUAUAUUUUUAUAUAUUGUAUGAACUGGCAUUUUGAUUGCCAAAGUUUCAACAAAUAAGGUACUUACCUAACACUUUUGUGUCUGCUGGAGAGAGCUAUGAUAAGCUUACACUAGACAUACCUGAAUAAGGAAUCCCGCUAUUGUACUUAAACCACUUUCCCUGCUGCAAUUCUUUCGAAACAGCUUUCUUCCUCUUUGUAGUGUUCCAUAUUGGGUUGAUGCACUGUUUUAAUAUUGGACCUGGACUGCAGUUGUAGAUGAUACAAAGAAAAUAAACUGCAUAGCAUGGCACCUAAUAGCUAUGGGAUACCACCUCUGCAGCCUUUAGUUUGGUUUUUUAUCUCAGGGGUGGCUAACCUGUCAUCCUCCAAAUGAUGUUGGUUUCCCAUCAACCCAAACCAGCAUUGCUCAGGAUGAUGUGAGUUUGGAAUCCAACAAUAUGUGCAAAAGGUUAGCCACCCCAGAUUUAUGUAAAUGUGCUUUGCUUCAAGAUAUAGAGAGAGAGAGACUUGUACAUGCAGUGGAGAAUGUCUUAAGUUGCCUAGGUUUUAUUUGUGGAUCUUAGUGGUGUUAUCUGUCCUUAAUCUCUCUAGGUCUGGGUACCAGCACAGCAAAGGAAGCGAAAGAGUACUUUGCAGAGAUGACAAGGCACCGAAUACCUUUCAAGUAUUCUGGCCCUGAAGAUGAUGCUGCGAUUACUCUGGUAACAAAAUUGCUUCUAUCCUCUGUUGCUUGGGGAUUACACCUGCAAAAUAAUCAUUAUCUGCUUUUAAAAUGUUGAGUGAUCCUACCAGAAAUAAGCCUUUCUCUUUUAAAGUUGGAACUAUCUGAUACAUCCAUAAAUGUCCCUGGACAAAUGUAUCAAGAAUUCUGCUCAAUAUUGAUCCAGAGCAGAUUCUAACAUAUAGUUAGAGUAAAAAAGACUUAGACACGUUGCAGGAUUUCAAAAAGAAGAAAAAAGACCAGAGGCAAUUAAUAUUUCAUCCAUCAGAGCUUUCCUGCUACUGAAGGCAAAUGUGCAUAAUGGUCACAAAUCAGAUACAUCUGGAUUAGCACUAUCCAUAAGAUAAGUUGCAGCAGGUUUAACUUAAACUUACUUACAAUAACUUAUAAUAAAACUAAUACCUUAGCACUAAGCAUGCUAUGUAAAGAACACCACACCAGAAGGAAAGAGAAAGGGCGAAACCCGGGCUCCUUCUGGCCUAUUACUAUAGUCUGCAUGACCUUGAGUGAAUAACAGAACGAGUUUAAACCAGCUGUUCAGCUUCUCUGAAGGAAUAUCCCAAACAUCAGGAGCCUUCUGCUUGUUUCUAGGCAGAAUAGAAACUUGCAUGUCAACUAGAAGAGUUCUCAUGCAGAGAAGCUUGCAGAGUCAAUUAGAAGAAACAAGAGCACUACACUUUAGAUAGCCUGGAAACAAAUGUUCAGAAACUUCUGGUAGCUGAAUCUGGCCAUUUCCCAUCGUUAAACACCAGCAAAGCUUGGUGGUGCUUGACUUAACAAAGUUUGGAGAAUGUCUUUCUGGCAUGUGAUAGCCCAGCAUUGGGGGGGGGGGGGGCAGGGGAUCGACUUCAAGAUUUUAUGGCAGUUAAAUUGACAGUGAAGUGAUGGGAAACCCCAUCAAUUACCACAGCUGUACAUAUUUGCAUUAUGGUUGGCUGCAAUGUAGAUAAGCCCUCUAACUCAACAGCCUUCCAGGGUGUCUGACUGUAUUUGUCCAUAUUCCUGAAUUCCUGAUCUUGAAUGUCUCUUGAUUUAAGCUGGAUCCAGUCAUUAAUUUGACUUUACUAACUUCUCUUAGUGGACUUUGGUACUGUCCAGUUCUGAGAGAGAGUUCUAGACUGGUAGCCUAAGCCUGUGAGUAAUUUAGUGGAAACAGAAGAAUUUAAACAGCUUCAGUAAGUGUCAAUUUUUUUCUCACUCCAUCCCAGACUAGUCUGAGUUAAUCAUUUUGUUAAUGUCCUAGGCCUUUAGCAAAAAGAAGGUUGAUGACCGAAAGGAGUGGCUGACAAACUUCAUGCAAGAUCGAAGGGAGAGGAAGCUUCAUGGCCUUCCAGAUGUGAGUUCCCAUUAGAGCAGCAUGGGAUUCUCCCUACAUGGUUUGGGGAAGGACUAGUUCAAUGGCAAAACACAUGCUUCACACGCAGAAGGUCCAGGAUGAAUCCCUAGCAUUGGCAGGUUGCAGGAAACUUGAGAGAGAUUUCUGCCUGGAUCCCUGGAGAGCUGCUGCUAGUUAGAGGGAACAGACCAGAUAUAAGGCACCUUCUUAAAAGGCUAAGGUUUUUGACAGUCAAGCAUUAUUUCAGUAGUUGGCCAGGGGGUUAAUGCAUUGUGGGUAAAAUGCAGGACAAUAGAGCAGUCACUUUUUUCCCACUGCUUUGGAGCUAAUGAAAGUUUGCUUCCAAAUGCAAAUAACAGUUGGGGGGGGUGAUUUUCCUUAAGAUUGCAGCUGGUUAAAGGGACGGAGGGUUAAAUUAUGUCACCAUAGCCCUGAUCAGAUCCAUCUGUGUUUUUGCUUUAAAAACUGUCACAUUUAACACCAUGUGUUGCUUUGCCCCUCCGUGAAACGGUAAGGAGGAAGAAGCUUGUUUUAUGGUGUGGUAAUGGAUUAGAAUGAAAGUAAAGGAGAAAGGGCUAAAGUGUCACUAGCAUAUAACAAUUGAGGUUUCCUGCAAUUUCUUCCUGUGCCCUCUUGAGCUCAGAGUUUGUUGCAUGCAUGUUCAUCACUGUACAACAACAAAUACCCAGUUGCCAGGGCUAAACACAGACCAAGCUUUUCACAGCGGUUGUCAUAUUAAACAUAAGACCUCAAUGCAGGCAGUUAACAUUUUCACUUGGGAGUCAGCAGUGAUGAGCUCAAAUGAUGACUGCAUUUCUGGAUCUGCCCUUUGCUAGCAGUCCUCAGUACCUAUAUAUGUUUGCAUCAGAGUAUAUUGUUUUCCUUUGUGCUAUGAUGGGGAUGACACUUGAAGGCUACUAUAGUAGAGGCAGCAGUUUGGAAGGUUUGAUAACUUAAUCUUGCUUUGUCACUCGUAGGUUUACUUAUAUGGCAAAAGUACAAAUUACCUGACCUACAAUGAUUUUAUCAACAAAGAACUUGUCCUCUUCUCAAAUUCUGACAAUGAGCGAUCCAUCCCUUCACUAGUUGAUGGUAAGUUAUCUGUUAUACUUCUUCAUAAUCGAGAUCAAGUUUCCUGUUAUUUCAAACAUAGUUCCCCUUAUAAACAUAGCUGUCAUUAUUUUAUUAGCAGACCCAGGCAACAAGGGCAGGUUGAGCAGGUGGGGACAUUAUAAUAACAGCAGGUGUAAAAGUAUAAUAAUUUUAUUUUGAACACUUCUGCUUGAAGCAGAAUUCAGAGCACAGUAUUUGAAAAUGUAAACUACUUUAAUUAUUUGCUGUGAUAUAAGGUGGGUGGGUGUAUAGAAAACCAGUGGUAAGAGAACAAAAAUAGCUUACUGCACUUCUGUUUGCACCUAAGUAUUCAAAGUGAUGCAGCAUUGGAGGGAGUUUGGGGUUUUUUAUCCUACUUUUCUACUAAUUUAUCCAAGCAGCCUGUACAGUAAAAAACAAAAUUCAUCAUAGGAAUAAAAACAAGAUUAAAAAAUAAAUAUCAAUGACCACUAAAAUGUGGGAGCAGCAUUUGUCUAUAGGCACCAAACUAUCAAGAAAGUUUCCAGGGAAUCUGUUGAGUGCUGAACUGGCAUCCUUGCCUUAACUGAGAGGUGCUGGUUAUCGAAGGAAAGAAGCCUAUUGCUUGACUUGAAGCAACCUGCUUGUCGUUCUUUUCAGGACUGAAACCAGGUCAGAGGAAAGUUCUGUUCACAUGCUUCAAACGAAAUGACAAGCGGGAAGUGAAGGUUGCCCAGUUGGCUGGAUCAAUAGCUGAGAUGUCGUCUUACCACCAUGGAGAGGUAGUUAAAAUGUGGGUGGGGAUUGGGCAAGUAAUGACCAUGAGCUGCCAAGGAAGCAGUACUACUGCUCAAACAGUGUUUACAUAAUCAAACUUGUAUUUGUUGUUGCUUUAUAGUUAUAAUGAUAUUGAUGUUAUUAAAUGUCAGCCCUGCUCUGUCCCAAAUGGUCUGAGCAGCAUGCACAAAUGCUUAAAGUGUCUGUCAGUUUCUGUUCUUCUGGCCGAUGUUUGUGGCCAAUGUAAUCUUGCCUUUGCAGCACUAUUUCUUCAGUCCCAGGAUGGUGGCCUUGUCCCUCUUUUAAAAGGAGAUGCUUUCAGCUUCAGUUUGUUAUGUUUUGGUUUCAGAACUCACUGAUGAUGACCAUCAUCAAUUUGGCUCAGAAUUUUGUGGGCAGCAACAAUCUCAAUCUGCUUCAGCCCAUUGGCCAGUUUGGCACCAGGCUGCAUGGUGGGAAAGAUUCUGCCAGCCCUCGAUACAUCUUCACAAUGCUCAGGUUAGCAACUCACUGUCCAACUUCUGCUUUCUUGGCUUUGGCUGGGUUGUUUUGAAACAUAUAAUGGUGGUUUUAACAUGUUCCUAAAUCUAAUCACUAUGAUAAUCUUGAUGUAGCAUGCCCUACAGCAGGAGGUUUAGCAAGAUGGUCCUCUAUCCUUCCCAAGAUGGCACUUUUCCUGUUUCCAGGAUUCCUAUCUCAGAACUGUUUUAAGCACAAGCCACUUUCUUUUCUAGCUCGUUGGCACGUUUGGCAUUCCCACCAGCGGAUGACAGUGUGCUGAAAUUUCUGUAUGAUGACAACCAACGGGUUGAGCCGGAAUGGUACAUUCCAAUCAUUCCCAUGGUGCUAAUCAAUGGUGCUGAGGGCAUUGGAACUGGCUGGUCAUGCAAGAUUCCCAACUAUGAUGUCCGAGAAGUGGUGAAUAACAUUCGGCGCAUGCUAGAUGGAGAUGAGCCACUUCCAAUGGUAAUGCAAAUGUAUUGAUGGCUAAGUGAAAUAGGACUGAUCAUAAGAGAAAUGCUAAUUGGCAUGUGUGGGGGCAAGGGCAGAUUGCUGCUUUCUAGCAUGAUACUUCACCUCAAUUUGUGGGCCAUGAGAUUUCAGCCCUUGCAAGUUGACAGUGAAUGUUUACUCCUUUUGAUGAAAGUUUUAGUGACACAGUCUUGAACAUUAUAAAAUGAUGAGUAACCUUUGCAUUCUGAAGACAUCCCUCUUGUUCUUCAUUAAAAUCCAGUGCCUGCUCUUUUCUCCCUACAGAGUGGUACCUCCAGUUGCAAACAGGAUCCGUUCCGGAAGUGGCUGCAUCCCAAGGAAUUUGCAACUGGAGGACCGCUUCUGCACAUGCGCGAGCGGCAAAACCUGGAAAAAUACUUCCGGGUUUGCCGCUUUCACAACCAACCCAAGCCCAAGUGUCCACUGUACAAGUACAACCCUCCAGCAGCAAUUCUGCUCUUGUCUGCUUUUCCUACAACACUGUUCUUGUCUGGCCAAAUUUGCAAAGGAGUUGAGCUGGUCUUGCUGAAUUGCAGUCGGAGCACACUGUAUAAACUGCAAAAUUGAGUGCUGUUUGGCUUGCUUUGUUACAAUUUCCUCUCUUUUUUUAAAGCUUCCAAGUUACAAAAAUUUCAAGGGAACAAUAGAUGCGCUGGGACAAAACCAGUACCUUGUCAACGGGGAGGUGUCUAUUCUUGAUUCGACCACCAUUGAAAUUUCUGAACUUCCUGUUCGGACAUGGACCCAGGUGAGAUGUUUAAUUUUCUACUAUGCUCCUAGAGCCUUCCUGAUGAGGUGGGGGAAAGGUACAAAGUACUGACCUCUUGCUUGCUUUCCCCACCCUUAGGUAUAUAAAGAACAGGUUCUGGAGCCUAUGCUGAAUGGCACAGAGAAGACUCCCCCCCUAAUAACAGACUACAAAGAGUAUCACACCGAUACCACAGUCAAAUUCAUCGUAAAAAUGAGUGAGAAGAAUCUGGUGGAGGCAGAGGCUGCUGGUCUACACAAGGUCUUCAAACUUCAGACUUCUCUUUCCUGCAACAACAUGGUAUGUGAUAAGUGGGUAGGGAAGUGCAAGGAGCUCCAUGCAGCCUUCUGAGCCAUGAUCCAUAUAGGUUUGCAGGUUACAGACUUCCGGGUUUUUGCUAUUUGCUCCAGGUACUCUUUGACCACGUUGGGUGCCUGAAGAAAUAUGAGACUGCAGAGGAUAUUCUGCGGGAAUUCUAUGAGCUCAGGCUGCGCUAUUACGGCUUAAGGAAAGACUGGCUUGUUGGGAUGUUGAGUGCAGAAUCUGCAAAACUGAACAACCAGGCUCGCUUUAUCCUCGAAAAAAUAGAAGGCAAAAUAGUGAUUGGUAAGUAGGUAUUGCCAGAGCUUACCAUGAGCAGUUUCUUACCUUGAAGAUGGUAGGGCAGCUGGUUCCUCUUCUGAGGCUGGGGCAGGCAAAUGCAAAUUCAUUUUCACUGGAGGAAAAGGCUCUCCUUCCAGAAUUCAAACCUGCUUCAGAUAGAGAGGCAAGCUUCAUUUUCUAAAGAUGCACCUUGAAAUAAACCGUAUACUAAUGUUUAUUUGUGACCCCCCUCCCAAAAAAAAAUGAAAUAAAAGCAAAUUAAUCCUGAAGUGAUAAAACAUGAACUAUGCCUAGAGAAUAAGGCAGUUGAAAAUGGGACAGGAGAAUGAAGUUAAGUCAAUUUGAUUUUGAUUUUCUCUACGUGGUAUGCAAAUUGACCUUGCUCCUUCCUAAUAGAGUGCCCAGAUUGCUAAAUUGAUAUACCCAUUGAUUUUUGGUUGCUUGUUCAACUGGUUUCAUUCAUUCCCUGUGGUGACCUGAAAAUGUGUGUGUGGUUUUUUUCUAGAGAAUAAACCCAAGAAAGAAUUGAUACAGGUCCUUAUCCAGAGGGGUUAUGAUUCUGAUCCAGUAAAGAAAUGGAAAGAGUCUCAACAGAAGGUAGUGUAUCUUCAAUCUCUUCCUUUUAAUUAGCUGUUCUCCAGAUUCUAUGUCCUUUGAAGGGGAUUCCACCAACCCUACUGCCAUGGCAGGUGCUGCAGCACAAAAAUAAUGCAUUAUUAAUUUUUUGCGUUGCUCUUCAGCCAAAGAUCACAGGGCAGAUUACAGUAAAAAUCCCAAAUUUACAAUAUUGAAUCAUAAAAGGCAAUAUUUUAUUCAGGAUUUUGAUACCUAUUAAUGUUUUUAGUUAUGUGUGAUGUUUUUCCCCUGUUGCGUAUUGCCAUGAGUGCUUUAUAAAUAUCCCAAAUAAAUCUUCAUCCUGAAUUUCACACUGUCUUAAGAAUGACUGGCCUUUUUAAGGCAGAAAGGCAGCCCUAUUGCAGUAGACAUGGCUGAUGUAGUGGCAGGUAAUUCUAUCUUUGCCCAGGGGGUGCUAUUGAGUUCAGUAUCCCCUUCAGAGAGCAGGCAAUUACUGCUGCUUUCCUCAGUCCAAAAUAAAGUGUUGGGCAAGAGGUACAUUGCCAUGGAUAGCGAGCAGCCUCAGCAAACAGAACAACUUUCUCCAUUCCAGGGCAAUGAAGAGAUUGAUGAAGAAGAGGGAGACAGUGAUAAGGAAACUGCAUCUGCUGCAGCCUCUGGACCAGAUUUUAACUACCUUCUGAACAUGCCUCUCUGGUACCUGACGAAGGAAAAGAAGGAUGAACUCUGCAAGCAAAGGGGUGACAAAGUAGGUGAAAGAGCUGUUACGGAGAAACUUGAGAGAUGACAUUGUUGAAGACUCAAAUACGCAUUCAGCUGUUUCUCCUAAAUAUUUCUUCCUCCUUACUGGUUCUUAUUAGGAAAUGGAGCUGGAAAACCUGAAACGAAAGGCUCCUAAUGACUUAUGGAGAGAAGAUCUUGCUGCCUUUGUUGAAGCUCUUGAAGUAAGUAACUCUGGGGGAAGAGUAGCUGGCCAGUUAUUCAGUUUACAGCCUAUUUUGAUCCAUCAUAGCAGUAAUCUCUCUGAAGGGUGGGAAGAAUGUGAGUGUUCAGCAGAGUUCUGCCAUCUCAAAGAAUCUGAAACCCCACAAGUAAGAAUGCUGCUGAGGCUGACGGUGGCCAAGGGCUGCCCCAGUGGCAGUUGCCCUCUGGCCUAUGCUGAUAUGAGCAUUUUGCUUGCUUGCUUGCUUCCUUUGGGGGUGGACUGGGCUUUGGUUACACCAGGAUUUAAAAUCCCCAUGCUGCCCAUUCUUGCUUCUGGUUCUUUAGCCCACUUUCUACCUACCUACCCCCUCUAGGAGCAAGAAAACAAGGAAAAACAGGAUGAGAUGGCUGGGACUGCAGGCAAGGCCACCAAAGGGAAAGGAGGAAGGCUGAAAGUACAGAAGCAGCAGCUGCAGGAGAUUAUGCCCUCUCCACAUGGCCGGAGGGUCGUCCCCCGUGUGACUGAGGAGAUGAAAGCAGGUGCAGAGAAGAAAGUAAAAAGGAAAAUCAAGGUAACAGAAUAUUAGCCUCUGUUAAGGGGUAUGUGUGCGUGCGCAUGCUAUUAAAGUGUAUUAUGCAUAUGUAUAUAUUCCCACUUUCUUUGAUACCUUUGUCCUGUCAUCCAUUGUAUGUAUAGUGACCAAUUUCCCCCUUUGCUUACCUGUAGAGUGAAACAACUGAGCCUAAUGGGAUUCAAGAAGAAGAUGGACCAGCAUGUGAUAAGGAACCAUUGACUCUUAAACAAAGAUUGGCAAAGAAAUUUAAAACAGAACCAGGUAACACCUGCUCACAAGUGUCAUUCAUUUUCUUUGGUAGUUUUUCUUUAGUAGAUUAAGCUUCAUUUAGGUUUUAAAGAUUGUUUGGAUAUUUGUAUUUAGCAAAAAAUAAUGUGCAUAGGUUUAGAUGCAUCGUCAUUAAGUGCUCAAUACUUUUUUCUUUUGGACAGAGCAUGCAUUGUCUUAAAAUUUAGCCAAUCUGUUUAACUUAAGGUACCAAGAAACAAUCCACACUGCCAUUCAAGCCAGUAAAAGAAACAAAGAAAAACUCUUGGUUUGACUCGGAAUCAGACAACAGUGGUGGUGAUAUGGAGGUUGUGCUGUCACCUGAAAACAUGUCAAGCUGCCCAACAGAAGGUAGGUUUAUGGUUAAAAAUGAUGUGGGAACUUUUGCUUGCUGCUGUACUCUUGCUAUAAUUAAAUUGCCUUUGUUAAAUAUCCUUGGUAUAAUUUUAUUUUUUUAAAAAAGGAAAGUUUGGAGCUUUGGAAAAGCGAUUAAGAAUGUUGAUUCUACUUGACAGCAUUUUCUAAGGCUAUAGUCCUACACACAUUUAUCCUAGUAGUAAGUCCCGCCAAACUCCGCAGCAUGUACUGAGCUGGCAUGUGUAAGGUUGCAGCCUAAUUUUCUUCCAUUUCUUUCAGCAAAAGCAAAGUGUGUGUCAGAUUCAAACCUCAGUGACACUGGUGGUGACAUCCAAGAAUUGGUUGAGAAUGCUGCAUCUGAUGAACAGAAUACUAUUUCCAUGUGAGUGAAGUACACACAAAAUGUAAUUCUUGUUAAAGGUAAAGGACCCCUGACAGUUCAGUCGCAGACGACUCUGGGGUUGCACUUUACUGGCCGAGGGAGCCGACGUUUUUCCAGGUCGUGUGGCCAGCAUGACUAAGCCGCUUCUGACGAAACCAGAGCAGCGCCGGAAACGCCGUUUACCUUCCCACCGGAGCAGUACCUAUUUCUCUACUUGCACUUUGACGUGCUUUCGAACUGCUAGGUUGGCAGGAGCAGGGACUGAGAAAUGGGAGCUCACCCUGUCACAGGGAUUCGAACCACCAACCUUCCAAUUGGCAAGCCCUAGGCUCAGUGGUUUAGACCACAGCGCCACCCGCUUCCCAUCUUGUUAGGUUAUAAUAAAAAAUAUGCAAAAAAGGUGGCAAUCUACUUGCACUAACCUCAUGUUACCACAAAGCUCUUCAUAAUGGGGUGAAGCAAACAAAAGAAAUGAAAAAGCGAGAGGUGUCUGGUUUGUAGGGUUUGUUGUCACUUCAAUACCAAGAACACAGUCCAUGCUAUUUGUCCAUUCAGUCCUAUAUAGUCUAUUUCUAUACCGUAGGGAGCAAACACAUGGAAAUGGGGAGAAUUGGCUCCAUAGUAUGUAUUAUGUGUUCUAGGAAAGCCAAGGGACGUAAAGGCAAAGAAGCCAUCAAACCACAAGGGGUACAGAGCACCAUCUCCAGUAAGUACCACUCAAGUUUAACAUCUAUUGUUAACGCAGCCAGGCAUCGCUCUUUAUUAAAAAAUUAAUGUUCUGGUGCGUAAAAGUAACAAGAUCAUACCAUAGCUGCAUGUGAUUCAAUUGGUGUUACCAUGACUACCAGCAAUAUGGGACUGCCGUUAAGUGACUUUCUCAUUUUUGUAUCUCCACCCCCAGCUGAAAGUAGAUAGUUUACUGCAGGGGUCAGCAAACUUUUUCAGCAGGGGGCCGGUCCACUGUCCCUCAGACCUUGUGGGGGGCCGGAUUAUAUUUUGGGGGGGGGGAUGCAUUUAAAAUAUAAGGACACAUUCUACUCAUGUAAAAACAUGCUGAUUCCCAGACUGUCUGCGGGCUGGAUUUAGAAGGCGAUUGAGCUAGAUCUGGCCCCCGGGCCUUACUUUGACUACCCAUGGUUUACUGUUUCUCACUUCAUGCAAGAAGCAUCUACUGGCCAAUUCCUGCAAGAUUUUUUUAAAGCCUCAAAUUGUAUGGAAUAAAAGUGCGGAAUCACCAGAAUUUGAAAAAAGCAUACUUUUUAUUUUUAGUUUUAAUGGGAUUUUGUAGUGCAUAAAGCUGCCAAAUUCACUGCAGUCCAAGGUUAAGAGCAGCGGUCAUUAUUGUAAUAUGACAGAUUGCAAGGGCUUAAAAAAUGAGAAGGAAAUCCUAUCUGCAUACAAAAGAACAUUGUUACAUUGUUUUGGAACAUUUGGUAGUUUUGCUUACUCCAAAGCUUUCCAAACUGUUUAUCACGACACUUUAGUAUGUUGGCUGCAGUGUGUAGGUGUGUCACACGCUUGUCCUGGGGCUUGAAGGGGGUUUAAUAACCUCUAGUUUGCUAGUAAGACUGAAUUGCUGUGUCACGAAAUGAGGCAUGUCUAAAAAGUGUAUCACCAACAUGAAAAGUUUGGAAAGCUCUGGCUUACUCCCUUGUAAAGAAGCAGUGAAUAUGUUCAUCUACAUGUUCAUCUUAAAUCACUCUGAGGGCUACUUUUACAUUUUUAUUAACUCAAGAGGACCAUAUUUCUGCAGAGGGGCCAUUUUUGUUACCAUUUUAACUGCCAUUUUCUAUAGUGCACCUGCUUUUAACUGCUAUACUUCUAGCUGGCAGAUACUUUUUUCUCUGCUUCCAUCAUUAUAUUUGCAUGAGAUUUUUAUAUUGGUGCAUUGCUGUGGACUACAAUAUUUGUAUCCAACAGUGUGGCUGUAAUUGGAAUUCCCUUAGGGAGGUGCAGAGAUAGCAAGAGGACUGCAGUCAGUCAGUCCAUGGGUCUUAUGCUGUGCAGGCCUGGCAUUGGGAGCAUGUUACAAUGUUUGCAUUGUCUUUCCCCUUCUCUGUUUCAGAGCUAAAGAGAUUCAUAUCCUUGCCUGUGGAUGUUUGCAAUCUUUUAAAAGUGGCUUGGUUUGUUCUCUGUGCAAAAAAAUUCUAUACUGAAUUUUUCAGUAUAGAAUUCAUGAUGUUUAGGGCAUGUUAGCUUAGUGGGGACUUUUCUUUAUUCAAGUUCACGUUGAGGACUAUGAUGCAGGCAAACCAGUUGCAGCAGCCUCUUCUCUGCCUGCUACCCUUGAUGUGCCAGCCAAGCCUGCUCCCAAAAAGAGAGCUCCAGCCAAGAAAACAGCAAAGGUAGCUGAAGGUAAGAUUACUACUGAUGUCUGUAUGUUAAAAGGUGAGUAUUCAGUGGCAUUAGUAUAAGUGCCCCAAAAGGUCUUUGGUUCUGGCUUACACAAGAAGAAGAAGAGGAGGAGGAGUUUGGAUUUGAUAUCCCGCCUUUCACUCCCCUUCAGGAGUCUCAAAGCGGCUAACAUUCUCCUUUCCCUUCCUCCCCCACAACAAACACUCUGUGAGGUGAGUGGGGCUGAGAGACUUCAAAGAAGUGUGACUGGCCCAAGGUCACCCAGCAGCUGCAUGUGGAGGAGCGGGGAAUCAAACCCGGUUCACCAGAUUACGAGACUACCGCUCUUAACCACUAUACCACACUGGCUUCUACAUAGGUGGAAGCAGAAACUGCAUGAUGGAGGUUCACGGUUUCACUGAUGAGCUUAGAAAUUAAGGGUCUGGAAAAGAGACAGUCAAAUCGAUUACUCUAGUUCUGUAGUUAGUUCUCCUGCCCACCUGGCAGUUCGAAAGCACGUCAAAGUGCAAGUAGAUAAAUAGGUACCGCUCUGGUGGGAAGGUAAAUGGUGUUUCUGUGCACUGCUCUGGUUCGCCAGAAGCAGUUUAAUCAUGCUGGCCAGAUGACCCGGAAGCUGUCUGGACAAACGCCGGCUCCCUUGGCCAGUAAAGCAAGAUGAGCGCUCAACUCCAGAGUCGUCCGCGACUGGACCUAAUGGUCAAGGGUACCUUUACCUACUUUUACCUAUGGUUAAUUCUCAUGAAAUAAAUGAAGUAGUAACUGUUACCUUGAAAAGGGAUAUUAUUCUGAAAUCCAUCAAACCUCUAUUGAACAUUUCUUCUGCCCCUGGAAGUUAACACAUCAUUUUUUUUCUUGCAGAGUUAGUGACCAUUUUGGGCUGAACAUGUCUUAUCUUAAUAAGCCGAAAUGUGAACAAGCCAAGAUUCCGUAGGUUUUUUAAUAGAGCCUGUUCCGUUGUGGAGUUGCUCACACAAUUAAAUAGCCAUGUUUCUUUCCUGUCGUUGAAGCACAUAGUUGUUUCCAGCCUCGACUGACAUUUGAAAAUGGUGGCUAUACUUCAGUUUUAUCAACUGUAGUUUAGCCCUUUGUUGGCAAUUAACACUGCCUUAACAGUUACCGGAAUGAGUUUCUGAAGCAAUGGCUUGAAAACAUUUUGGUAGAUCCAGGUUUUUGUGGGAAAGAAACAGAGAUUUCACUGAUUCUUUUGCUCUUAGGCAAUCAGCCUUCUAUUAUGGAUGCUUUCUCUAAGAAGAAGGCAACCGCAAAACCCAGGAAGGCAACAGCAAAGAGUUCGGAGUCCAGCACAGAUGAAGCAGCCUCCCAGAAGUGUGCACCUCCCAGGAUGAAGAAACCUGCCAAAAGGAAGGUUUCUAGCUCUGACGACUCUGAUUCUGACUUUGGCCCAGCUCUUAAAAAAACUACAGCAAUUAAGGUUUGUUUGCCCCCAUUUUUGUUCUCUAAAAUUACUCUCCAUCUUUUUUGUUGCCAGUUAAGUAUAGAAGGAGAAUGUCUUUAAGGCAUACCUAAAUGCCAGAAUUGAAAGAGCAAAGGGGGGGGGUGGAAGUGCCAUAGUUUUAGGGCGCCACUGAGGUCGAUUUUGGCAUAUGGGCAGAUACAGGUGUUCUCCAUAACCUAUAACAAAUUCUAAACAUUUUUAUCAACCAUACAUGGGCCUCGCACCAUCUUGUUCACCUUGAAGUCCUAGCUAAAAGUGCAUCAGUAUAUGUUGGUGACUGGUUAUGAGUGCCCUAAACAAGUUAACAUGGGGCAAGCCUGCAGUGCUCUGCUCUGCAAGGAAACCACGCCCUUAAUAAAAUAUGUAGUGUUUUAUUUCGGGUGUGCUGUGGAAUGACGUGCCCUAGGGCCUGUGGCUGAAGUGGUUUCUCCUACAUAAACCAGGAAUAUUAGUCUAUCCCUCAGAGUGCUUGUAGAGCACUAAAAGUUUUUCUUCCCCACAACUGAUGCAUUAAUGUAUCCAUGUUCCAUAAGGAGGGGCUAGUUGUGGCCAUUCCUGAGCCCACAUAAUACCUAUGAGAGCUAACCAGGCCCACUUUUUUUUUUCCUUUGCAGAAAUCCAAGAAUGUUGAUGAGUCAUUUUCCCUUGAAUUAAGCUCGGGUGAGGACUCACCUUUUCCAACUGUCGCACGUGAAAGGUUGGGUCGAGCCAGGAAAGUUGUCCAGUACCUUGAGGAAUCGGACGACGAGCUAUUGUGA